AUGAGAGCCACUGCAAGAAGAUUUGAAAUUGAACAAAGCAGUCAUCAGACCCAAUUUCCAUUAUUAGAAAAAAGGCUUGUUGAAUGGAUUAAUGAAUGCUAUAAAGAGCAGAAUGCUGUUACCAGAAAUAUGGUUGAGAAAAAGGCUAAGGCCUUAGCACAAACUAAUAAAUUUAAGGAUAUUUAUCUUGACAUCA